UUAUCCAUGCCUAAGAAACCGUCGCGUCAUCGCUUUCUUUGUGACAGAGGAGCGAAGGGAGAUGGGCGAGCGGGAGCUGAUGUCCGUGUUCUCCAGGCAGUUCGUGGUGGCGGCAGCGCCGAGGCCGUGGACACGGGAGGAGGACAAGGUCUUCGAGCGGGCACUGUUGGUGUACCCGGAGGGCACGCCUAGCCGGUGGUCCGCCAUCGCAGCGCAGCUGGUCGGGCGGAGCACCGUCGAGGCGUGGGGGCGGUACCAGGCGCUGGUGGAGGACUGCCACAUGAUCGAGCGGGGGAUGGUGGAGGUGCCGGACUGCUGGGGUGAGGCGGACGACGGCGCGAGUUGCGAGGACGAGUCCGAAGGCGGCCGCCCGCGGCAGCACCAGCCACCGACCACCAGGGGCAAAGCGGAGGAGAGGAGGCGCGGCGUUCCUUGGACGGAGGACGAACACCGGUUGUUUUUGGAAGGGUUGGCCAAGUACGGGAAGGGAGAUUGGAAGAACAUCUCGCGGUGGGCGGUGAAGACGAGAACGCCGACGCAAGUCGCCAGCCACGCCCAGAAGUUCUUUAUCCGACAGAACCAGAACAAUGGCGGAAAAAACAGAGACACGAAGAGAAAGAGCAUCCAUGAUAUCACAAAAAUAGCAUGAAAAAUCAAUUAGAUUGUGCACGCUUCAUACUGAAAUCAUGAACAGUGGCUUCUUCUUUCUUUUCUA